CUGCAAAUAAAUUUUCAAACAUGGGAAAUUUCCUUCAUGUUGUAGCUGUGGCACUAUUACUUGUCCUUUUCUCUGAUAUCUUAGUUGCAACAAAUGAGAACAUCCAUCAUUCUCUCAACUACACAUCCAUUUUGCAAGCCAGAAAAGACUUCAUGUCUCUUGAUAUCUCCAAUCUUUCUUAUCAUUCACCAUUCCCUUACAGUCUUCCUCUCUGAAAAAGCAAAGUUCAAGGACUAUGACUCAUUACUGGAUGCUCGUCUUGCUCGAUCGGUGGAGAGAUCAGAAAUGUUAUCUUCCAUGUCUGAAUAUUCACCUGAUGAUCUUAGCCAUCCAGAUAACCCGAUAACCACCAGAACUUAUCCUGACCACGGUGAAGUUGUGGUUGCCCUUUGGAUUGGCAGUAAUUUACAACGUGAACUACUACUUCUUGAUACUGGAAGUCGUCUCCUUUGGUGGCAAUGUGGUCCAUGUGAACCAAACGGAUGUUACGAACAAGAAAAGGAGGGAUUGUACGAUUCAACUCUAUCCAAACAUUUCCAACAGAUUAAUUGUGUUACAGACAGUGCAGCUUGUUUCGAUGGUGGUCGAGUUCAAUGCUCUAGACAAACAACACAAUGUUUGUAUGAAGUAAAAUAUGGAAGUACUGGUGCAGGACCAAGGUCUUAUGGAUUUAUGGCAUAUGAACAGAUAACAUUUUCUUCAAUACUAGAUUAUGCAAAAAUUAAAUUUGGUUGUGGAAAAAAUCAAACGAAGGGUGCAAAAUUCCCAACACAAUUUAGUGGAAUUGUUGGUCUUGGUGCUGGUUUAUAUACAAAUGGACUUGAGUGUUAUUCAUUACCAUCACAACUUGGUGCUACUACUUUCGCUUUGUCUAUUCCUUCUUCAACUUCAGGGAAGGAGUCUACACUCACCUUUUUCGGAACCCCAUGGAAUACAGGUGCAGAGGCAAAGCUGAUGAGGAACGACAAGUUCCCUUCAUUUUACUACCUAUCGAACUUGGACAAAAUAACGAUUAACGACAGGGAAGUUCCUAUUGAUCCUUCUCAUUGGGAUUUUGGCCCUGAUAAAUAUGCCUAUGGUGGCAUAUUUAUUGAUACAGGAGCCCUUUUUACCACAUUUCCAGAUGAUGUUUAUAUCAAAUUUAGAGAUAUAUUUAGGUCAGAAGUUUAAAAUAUGUCAUUGGUUCGAAGACCACGUACAGCUAUACUUGAUACUUGUUAUCGGGCAGAUAAAGUUGAUGCUGUAAGCUUUUAUUUUAAAGGUAGUAAAAUGCCUUUUUUUGUUCGACAAGAACAAGUGAUGGUACUACAUAAGAGAAGUUAUUGUAUGGGUUUUCGUAGUUCAGGUAGUAAGAGUUCCAUGAUAGGUGCUAGGGUGCUACAGACUUUUGGAAUGACCUUUGAUCUUGAUCAGGGGCGGUUGACCUUGUCUCCAAAUGCUUGUGAAUGAAUAAAGAGAUUCUUGGUAUGAUUGCUUAAUAAA